AUGGCCACAGGGGAUGUUACAGGAGCCAAGUUAUCAAGAGGUGAUUGUGGCAUAGAUAUGUUCGGAAAUCAUAAUCAUUACUUAUUAUUGUUUCAAUACAAAGAUCUUACUGACAAAGUUGAAGUUGAUUAUAUUCGAGAUUUUGAGAGUAUUAUAUCAAGAUUCGAUAAGCAAACAACUAUCGGAAUUUACAUUACGUCAGAAAAGAAUGGUUAUUCGAGCAGUGCUAUAGGAAGAGCCAAAUUAUUAGAAUCUCAUUUAUUAUUGAUGAACAUACAUGAUAUGUGGCAGGACAUUCCUGAAUACUUGUCUAAAGUAUUAAAAGAUAAUUCUGUCAGGUAA